AUGAAGGGGGAUACACACUUUACCGCUCCAGCACCGGUCACAUGGACCUGGUCACCUCAUCACCAUCAACAGCUGAAAGUAAUAGCAUCUGCAGAACGUUCUCAGCCCACCAUCAUCAAUGUCAAAGGGACCAACUUCGUGAAUCGACUGGUGACCUCAGGGAAACUCUACGAUGGCAAGGAUUUCAAUGUGAGGAUUGUCCCCGUUGUGUUUCAAGAUGCCGGACUUUACGUCUGUUAUCUGGAACAAAAUCCAUUUCCCACCAUUGAUCUCAUCACAGUGAAAGUCACAGCUGAACCGUCUGAUGCAGUGACUGAGGGAGACAACGUUACCCUGACCUGCUCUGUGUCUCACGUCAUUGGGUCAAUGAGACUGGUUUGGAUCAAUGGCGAUGGCAAACGUGUUGGAGAAAAGACACUGACUGAGGAAGAGAAAUCACCGAGUCUGGUUAUUCAGAAAGCUGAGAGAGGCAGAGGGAACUGGAGAUGUGUUUUGUUUGAUCAAGACCUGCCCCGGCUUUUUGUCCCGUGCUAUCAGAAGGACAAUAGGAAUUACGAUUUGAUAUUCAUCAUUGGUGGAAUUAUCGGGAGUCUGGCUCUUCUCCUCGUCAUUGUACUGGCAGUGGUGUGGUAUCAAAGAAGGCACAAGCCUACAGGUAAAGUACAUGAAGACAUCCUUAAUGCAGCACAGAUUCCCCCAAAUUAUCAAUGA